UUCCGCUUCCGCCCCCAUCCACUUCAUUUCAAUUCAUUCCCCCUCCUCCCACAAUUGAAUUCCGCCGUGGCCGCCGCCGUCUCCCUCUCCGGCACCCGAAAUGGCGUAAUCCCCGCCCCCAAAUUCCCCUCGCCCCCGCAGUUCAAAUACCUCGCCGCCACCACGUUCCUUCAUUCUGGAAUCGCGGAGAUCCCCAAAUCCAGCCGCCCCGAACCCUAACCCUAGUCUCCCACCCCCACCAUGAAGGCGUCGAUCAAAUUCCGCGACGACGACCGGCCGCUGCUGCGCGCCAAGGUGCCCAUCGGCGUGCUCGGCCUUCCCUUCCUCUCCGGCGUCUCGGCCGGCAGCGACGCCAAGGACCUCCGCUUCGACCUCUCCACCGCCUUCCCCUCCGGCCCGGCGCUCCGUCUCUCGUACCACCCCAACGACCCGCUCCAGCCCUUCGCCCUCUCCGUCCGCACGGGACUCGGCGCGCUCGGCUCGCCCAUCCGCGCCCCCUUCGCGCUGUCCGCCGAGUUCAACCUCCUCUCCUCCAACCCGCCCGCGUUCUCGCUCCUAUUCAAGCCCCGGCUCGGUGACUUCUCCCUCGCUAACUCCGUCCGUUCUCCGCCCCUCUCCGACGCCCCCGCACUGCCGCCGCCCCACAAGCUGGCAGACCUCUCCAACGGCGACGACCGUGAUCAUGAAGACCACAAGGCAUUCUCCCUCAACGGGAAUGGGAACGGUAACGGGUUCGCAUCCGACGUUGUGGCAGCUGGGAGGAGCGCCGGUGGAGUGGGCACACUGCUGUCCGGGAUGCGCCUUACGACCAGGAGCGUGCUGCCACUGUGGAACAAGGCCAGCCUGCGGUUCCAGUGGGGGCUGCGUGUGCCACCCGAGCUCAAGGCAGCACUAGCUGACGAUGGAUACGGGCGGAAGGCUGGGAACCUUGCUGUCAGCAAGCUGCCGCUGCUUGUCAUGAACAAGAUCACAAUUGAGCACACGCCACUGGCGCAUCUGAGCGCCGAAGGGGACAAGAAGGGGAAGAAAGCAUCUGCAGCAGAGGGAGAGGAAUUCUCAUUGGUGAAGAGGCAGCUGGAGACCCUGAAUGGUGAGAGCAUCAUGCUUCGACAUGCUGUGGAGGGCCUGCGUGCUGAGGUCAGUGCCAGCCGAGCAAUUUCAAUCCCCUGUAAAGGUGAGGCUCAAAGGAUGCCGACGGUAUCGCCACCUUCGCAACAUCCAUUUCCUGUGAAGCAGGAACUCCAUGGGAAUGGUAAGGAACUGGCUGAUGGCGGACCCAGUGACGCAACUGAGGAGUUGAAGAAGGCUAUAGAGGCCCGCAGGAAGUGAUGAGUUAGGGCUUUCUGAUGUUGUAAGCUCUGCAGUUACAUGGCUGUGGUGUUCAUUUUUGUGCUUAAUAAUAGAUUGGUAGGCAGUUUGCAUCCUGGAGCGGAAGCAAAUGAGAUUCUCGUAAGGUGAUGCAAUAACUUUCCAUGUUUUCCAUGUCUCUGUUUAUCUUAGGAUAUAUCAUCAUGUAUAAACCUGUGUUUUUGUCAUUGCAACUUCCCGUUUGUAGAAGUUUCAACUUCCAUUGUGAUAUUUGAAAUGUGUUUGUUACCUGAUA